UCAGAAGUUCAGGACUAAGUACUUGCAGGGCGCAUGGAGCAUAGCAUCAGCGAUAGUUGAAACCUCUGCUCGAAUUUUAGAAACUUUCUUCCAAAACCAAAUCGCUCAAAUUUUAUCAAACUGAGCCCUGAAGUUGCUCGCGCGGCAGAGGAGAAGGCGCGCGCGUGAGAAAAACGCUGGCCUCGCGUCGCGCUGACGUCACCCCAUCUGAUAAAUUCAAAUCCAGCCCCGUUACACACGCUUCCGCCUCUCCUCGCCUCCUUCCCUCCUUUUCCCCCCAAACCCUAGAAUUCACCCCCAAAACCCUAGAAUUCGAGCGAUCGAGGCGGCUAUGGCGGCGGCGGCGGAUGGGCUUCCGCCGGGCGUCAGGUUCGACCCCGCCGACGACGAGCUCGUCUCCCGCUACCUGCUCCGGCGCCUCCGGAAGCAGCCCAUCCCGCUCCACGGCGUCAUCCACGAGGCGGAUCCCCUCGGCGCGCCGCCAUGGAUGCUCCUCGCCGAUCACGGCCGGGGCGGCGACGAGGCCUUCUUCUUCGCCGAGGCGCGCGCCAAGAACGUCAAGGGGAAGCGGCAGAAGCGUACCGUCGAGGGUGGGGGGUUCUGGCAGGGGCAGCGGGUUUGCGUCGACGGUGAGAGGCUGAGCGUCCCAGGCGGCGACGGCGGCGGCGAAGUCGGCGGCGGGUUGGAGAUCGAGUGGCGGAAGUACAUGCUGAGCUUCUUCGCCGAGGGGGAGAGGGGCAGCUCGGGGUGGGUGAUGCACGAGUACGCCAUCACGGCGCCCGAUGAUCUCGCCUCGUGGCCGAUCCGGCUUUACCGCGUCCGUUUCAGCGGCCACGGCAAGAAGCGCAAGCGGGAGCCGGAACGCCUGGGCGCCCGCGUCCAUGACGACGACGUCGACGGUGGACAACGCGCCGCGCCCCGGCGCGCCGUGACAGAGACCGCCCUGUUCGUGCAGCCGAGCGCCGUGGAUUGCGCCGAAUCCGCUGGUCAGAGCUUCUCCGGCGCGAUCGAGCCUGUGUUCCACGAUCUCCCCGACAUGAUGCCGGAGCAAGCUGAUGCCGGAGACACUACAGAGACUACCGCAGCGGUGGUGAACCUCACGGACGCCAUGUCCGAGCAGCCCGUUCUUCCGCUAGCAGCAGAUGGCGACGAUCAGAGCUCCUACGGUGUCAUCGAUCCGGCGUUCCGCGAUCUUGCUGACCUGAUCGUCUUGCCACCUGAGCCAGAUGACGGUGGCAUGGAACGCGCCACGCCCUGCACUCCCAUGUCAGAGACCGCCCUGUUCGAGCAGCAAGGGCCUCCUGGCAAUGCUGAUUGCGCCGAUCAUCAGAGCUCCUACGGUGUCAUCGAUCCGGCGUUCUGUGAGCAAGCCGACGCCGGAGAGGCAGAGACCACCGUAUCCGCAGCAGUGGUGAACCAGAACUACUCCAUGGCGUUGUGUGAUUUCAAUUUUCCGGAGGUACUCAGCUACGUCGACUUCACCGCCGGCAUGGAGCCCUCCUGGCAACAGCGCUGGCCUCCCAUGUCAGAGAGCGCCCCGUUCGAGCAGCAGGAGCCUCCGCUCGCGCCCGUGGCAAUGGUGGAUCUCCCUCCUGGCAAUGCCGAUUGCGCCGAUCAUCAGAGCUGCUCUGGCGUGAUCGACCCGGCGUUCCGUGAUCUCCCCGACAUGACCGUCCUGCCACCAGAGCAAGCUGACACCGGAGGCGGAGCAGAGACUACCACAGCAAUGGUGAGCCUCACGGACAAGCUGAAAUACUCCUCCUCCAUGGACGGCGAGGCAGCGCAGGCGUGGUGUGAUUUCGAUUUUCCAGAGAGCACUGAUGAGGCGCUCAGCUACAUCGACUUCACUGCCGGCGCCCACACUGACAACGACGGUGGCGUGUCAGAGACCGCCAUGUUCGAGCAGCUGGGGUCUCCGCCACAGCACGAUCCUCUGCCGAUGGAUGCUGAUGGCGCCGAUCAGAGCUCCUCCGGCCCGUUGAUCGACACGGUGUUCCGUGAUCACGCCGAACCGAUCGUCCUGCCACUAGAGCAAGCUGACACCGGAGGUGGUGCAGCAGCGGCGGUGAACCUCAUGGACAAGCAGAAGUAUUCCUCCUCCAUGGACGGCGAGGCGGUGCCGGCGUGGUGUGAUUCGGAUUUCCCGGAGAGCAUUGACGAGGUGCUCAGCUACAUCGACGUCAGCACCGAUGACACGAGCUGCAUCGACUUCUCCAUGGACGACCUCUUCGAUCUUGCAGACUAGCUAGCAUCCUGGAGAUAGCUAGCCACCAAGAACACUGGCAUUGACAUUGUCUUUCUAAGAAGAGCUGUAAUCUGUAGUGCAGAGGCGAUAUUUG